AUGGCAACCACAGGUAUGCAGUUGUUGGGCCUAAUCAUGUCCAUUGUGGGCUGGGUGAGCGGGCUGAUAGUCUGUCUUAUCCCCCUGUGGCGAGUCACUGCCUUCAUCGGUAACAACAUAGUGACAGCUCAGAUCAUAUGGGAAGGCCUGUGGAUGACUUGCAUCGUGCAGAGCACAGGUCAGAUCCAGUGUAAGGUGUAUGACAGCUUGCUGGCUCUGCCCAGCGACAUGCAGGCUGCCCGAGGCCUCACAGUGCUCUCCAUCCUGAUGUGUGGCCUUGCUCUGUCUAUGGGGGUCGUAGGAGUCAAAUGCACCAAGUGUAUCGGUGUAAACAGCCUAAAGGCCCGUGUUUCUCGAAUCUCUGGCGCCCUUUUUGCCAUAGCAGGGUUCCUCUACCUUGUGCCCAUCUGCUGGACGGCCCACUCCAUCAUCAGGGAUUUCUACGAUCCACACGUGGCAGCCCCACACAAGCGUGAGCUCGGCCCUGCUCUUUACAUCGGCUGGGGGGCAUCGGCCUUGCUCCUUAUAGGGGGAUCUCUGCUCUAUGCUGGGUCAAGUCCCCCAGGCAUGCCAGGUUCUCCCACCUUCAGCAGUGGAGAAAGUAGUCCUCGCAGAGCACCUGCCUCACAGGUCAAAGGUUAUGUUUAAGUUCCAAAAAUGUCUGAAUGCCUUUAAGUCCCCAAAAUACACCCCAGAUAUCUUUCGACCGAUUUUGCUUCCUGUAAUUAUUUUAUAUUUAAUGUUAUUCCAAUAUGAUUUUUUUUUUCUCUCUGAAAAGCUGCAGGAGGCUGUUUGGUGAAAACUGAACUCAUUUCAUUAUUUCAUACCCGAUAUCAGUAACCGUUUUCUCUCUGUCUGUCACUGUAAACUACAAUAAAAUGUCCUCAAAAUCC